GAAGCAUUUAUUCACAAUGAAAAAUUUAUUUAAAACUGAGAAAACAAAAAGCAAAAAACAGCCGAAUGAAUUAAGAACUACUCCACGAUAUGAUAAUACAAGACCUCCCUUACCGUCUCCUAAUCAUUCCAAUAAUAACGUUUCUUAUCCUGUUCAGCAAACCUAUCCGCAUCAACUUCCUGAGUUACACUUUCAACAACGUACCCAAUCGCCCCCGAUAACGACUCAUUAUGAGAAUUACAGCGGUGAUCACCAUUCGAGAACUUCUUCGGUAGAUUAUACGCCUUCACUUGGUUAUUCCACAUUCAGUGAAACCUCAGCAUCAACGCGGAGUAUUGAUUCUGUUAGAACGUCAGCUGCCUUUUCGUCUGCUGAUUUACCAGCUUGGAUGAGCUCAUAUCACAGAGGUCCUAAAAGCGAACCUAAUAUGCCUUCUGACGAAGAGAUUGAACGGUUGUUUUUGGAAAUGAUGAAAAAAAGAGGACUGAGAAACCUUUCUGAGGCACAAAGAAAUAAAAUGCUAGCCAUACCAACUGAAAAUAAAUGGACGUUAAUAAAGAAUGAUUUGCUAGAGGAAGAGAAAACAAAUCCCGCUAAUACGAAAAAAGACAAUCCUGUUAAAAAUGCAGUUGAUCCGAAUACUCCAGAAUAUUAUCUUAAAAAAAUUUUGGACGGCACUAUAACUUAUAAACACAUGAACUCUCUGAGUGUUUCUCUAAGAACAUUGCCCAUAACAUGGGUUCGGUCUUUCAUUGACGCUAAAGGUUUAGAGGUUCUUGCUAAUUAUCUCAGUAGCAUUACUAAAAAACAUGCAAAGUUAGAAGUUGAUCUACAAAUGGAAUACGAAAUUAUCAAAUGUUUAAAAUCAUUGUUAAACAACAGAUGGGGUGCUCAAGAAGCUCUGACGCAUUCAUCAUGCAUUCAUAGCAUCACUUAUUCACUUGUUUCCCCUCAACUAAAUACUCGCAAACUGGUGGCCGAAGUUCUUUCUUUCUUUUGUUAUUGUGAAAUUCCUACCGGUCAUACACUUGUACUAGAAGGUUUUGAUCAUCAUCAGAAGUUUCUUAAUGAACAUGGAAGAUUUGAUGCGUGGAUGAGAGUACUAGAGAACGCAAUUGAUGGGCGUGGGCGAUAUGGAAGUUUGGUAGAUGCAAGCGAAGAAUUUAAGAAAGGGGGUACGGGAAUAGAUAAUUCACUGAUGGAAUAUGUGUUAGCGAAUAUGAUUCUUGUGAAUUCAAUCAUUGGUGUAUGUGAUGACGUUGAAAUUCGAGUACAUUUAAGAAACCAGCUACACGCAUGUGGUUUAACUCGUAUAAUUGAUAAAAUGAAAACAUUUAACUAUGAACUUAUUAAUCGUCAAAUAAGUAAAUUUGAACGUGAAAGCGAAUUGGAUUACGAAGAAGUUGUUCUUGAUCGGCAUGGGCUUGAUCAAGAUUGGAGUCAGUCUGUUGGUCUCACCGUUUCACAGGUCCUUGCUAAGAUGGCUGACCAAGAUAAACUUAAUGCUGCCCUUGAAGAAGCAGAGGAAGCUAAAGCUACGGCUGCAAAAGCCUUGCGCGAGAAACAAGAGUUACUGUUAAAACAUGAGAUGUCAUAUGGGACAGAUGGUGAAUUAAAAAAUAAGAUCGACUCAUUAGAAGAGCUUUUACGCAUUUCUCGGCACACCAUUAAAACGCUCCAACAACGGAUUGCCGAUUUAGAAGCAAGUUAUCGUGAAAAACUUGCUGAGAAGGAUGUUCAACUUCGAGAACUUGAAACAAUAAUAAAAGAACAACAAGGUUCUGGAACUGACUCCGCACCUGUCGAUAAAACAGAGGUUAUGAAAAAAUUAGAAAGAAUGCAGAAAAUACGAGAGACAGAAAGAAUUUUGGAAGGGGAUCGAAAAGUUUGGACACCACCUACAUUUGGAGAUUUCAAGAUGCCAGAUGCAAACGAAUAUAUUGAUAAUCAAAAUCAUCAGAACGCAUCAUCUCAAUAUAGUCAAGAUGCGCCUUCAAGUUAUUCCGGACAUGAGCAGGGUCCAUACAAACCUGAUUAUGAUAAAGCAAACUUUCCUGGUGGAUUCCGAAUUCCUGAACAACCUCCGCGUAUGAAUACAGAUGUUUUAAACGAAAUUAAACAACGUUAUGAUGGUAUAUAUGGUCACACAUCAGCUGGUGAACAUUCAAAUGAACAACCUCAAACUCCUCCUACUUCUGACAUGACGUCUAAGAUGCAACCUCAAUCCAGUUUACCUAUAGAACCUAGCUCGACAAUUUCACAAACAAAAACUGAUUUGCAAACCACGCAAGUGGAUAGUUUAUCAUCUCAACCUUCUUCAAUUGAACAAUCAUCAUCUUCUCCUACUUCUUCAAACAUACCAUCAUCACAACCUCAAUCAGUCACACAGAAAAACUGGAGUCCCACCGCCACCGCCACCACCAGGAAAGCUGGUGGUCCACCACCACCACCUCCUCCUCCAGGAAAAGCUGGAGGUCCACCACCACCACCUCCUCCUCCAGGAAAAGCUGGUGGUCCCCCGCCACCACCUCCACCAGGAAAAGCUGGAGGUCCACCACCGCCACCGGGAGGAGAUAAUCGUAAAGAAGUCCCAUUCAUGACUAUGAAGAAACUUAAACAAGUUCAAUGGGACAAGAUUAAUUAUUUGUCUAUUAAUAAAACAUUAUGGGGACAAGGAAAUUUGAAUGAUGAAGACCUAAUUAAAUUACUUGGAGGAGAAUCUGGUGUUUUUUCUAGCAUUGAGGAAUUAUUUGCUGCUUUGGAAGCUAAACAGAAGAAGAAAGUUGAAAAGAAAGAAGAAAUCUCUGUUUUGGAUCCAAAGAGGGCUCAACAUAUUAAUUUGGCUCUUGGACGUCAUAAACAUUUGACAUUUGAAGAAAUACAUCGGAAAAUCAUCGAAUUUGAUGAGAACUUUUGUAGUGAGAAUUUACUUAAUCAGUUAAUGUUAUCUAUUCCAACACCUGAAGAACGUGGUAAAUUGUCAAUAUAUAAAGAUGGCCCCGAAGAUAUGCUAGAGAAUUUGGCUCGUGCAGAUCGAUUCUUUGUUGAGGUGAUGAAGAUUCAUCGAUAUGAACAACGCCUUAAAUUUAUGUAUUUCCAUGUUACUUUUAAUGAGAAAUUCAGUGAUCUGGAGCAUGAUAUUGUAUCAGUAUUGAAUGCAUCUAUUGCGCUUAAAGAAUCAUCCAAUUUCAAAGAAUUAUUAAACUUAAUUUUGUUAAUUGGAAAUUAUAUGAAUGGUUCUGGUAAUAGAGGAGGUGCUUUUGGAUUCAAGAUUCAAAGUAUUAAUAAGCUCGUGGAUACUAAGGCUUCGAAAAGUUCAUCAAUUACGUUAUUACAUUUCUUGGUAAACACCAUUGAGUCAAAAAUACCCAAUUUACUUGGUUUUAUUGAUGAUCUAGUUGAAUGCGGGUCUGCUUGUAGAGUGUCACAACAAGAAAUGACAAAUGAAUAUCGGUUAAUGGGUACGAAGUUAAAUGACUUGGCAAUUGAAUUACAAAAAAACUUUGGAGAUGAUGUUGAAAUAGAAGAAAAUGACCGAUUUCCCGCAAUAAUGAAGGAAUUUGUUGUAAAAUCACAAAAGAAGUUUGAAGAUUUACAGAUUGAAUAUACUUCUAUGGAAGUUGCGUAUAAAGAUGUCGUAGAAUAUUUUGGAGAAGAUUCUAAAAACACUAAACCUGAUGAGUUCUUUGGAAUAUUUAAAACUUUUAUAACUAGUUUUGAGCGUGCAAGAGCAGAUAAUAAAUCAAUAAGAGAACGCGAAUUAGCUGCCAAAAAGCGACAAGAGGAAGUUGAACAGCGAAAGAAAUUGGCUAAACAGAGCCAAGGAAUGCAGAUGGCAACUUCAUUAAAUCCAUCAGAUGAGAAACAUUUAAUGGACAAUUUAUUGGAAACAUUAAGAGACGGCAGGGAUUUAGAAACUCGAACAAGGAGAAGAGGUGGAAAAGGUGGUAAAGAUGGGGGAGAUCUAAGAGUUUCUAGAAGUAUGAGUAUCGCAAUUAGAGCUGAGGAUAUACUAAAAAGAUUAAAAGAAGAUGCUGUUGGUG